AUGACGACGUUGCGCAUUGCGGUUCAGCCCGGACCAAAAGCUCGUGCAGGCGUUGCCAUAUAUCCCCCCGUGGCUGCUCGUCUCCUAAGUGAGACUAAUAUCUUUGAGGAGCUUUCUGGUAUUUAUGCAGUUGCCACUCUUGUCCACGAAUCGGGAGACUCCCUCUAUGGUAGACUUGGCGGGAGAGUUUCAGACUCUGCACACCCACUUCCUGCGAGUACAAGUUCUUCGUCGAGCAAUUCUAGCUCCGGAACCGACAGAGCAUACUUUUAUUUCCCGGAUCUCGUCAUCCCCGAGCCAGGACGCUAUUGCAUUCGAGUAAGUCUGAUGCAGAUGGACUAUUCAAGCAAUGAAGCUCCGAAAGGAGCCGCUGUCGUUCGCGACUAUGAUGACAGCAGGUGGAUUGAUGUGGGGGACAGACCAUCUGCCACCUCAAAACCAAACCACAAAGAACAAAGAUUCUUGAGAAAGUUGGAGAAGGAUGGGCAAGAGAUCCCUUCCUCUCCUUAG